AUGCCAGGUUCCCAAUACGCACACAGCCAUAGCUUUGGACCAUUGAACUCGCAUUUUAUGGCCAACCAUACGCAUGAAAUCAAUCCUUACGCUGAGCAGGCUUCGUACACCCCAAGUGCAUUUAUUCACCGGGAUCCGGGAUACGAUGCUAUGGAUGAUUUGGCUGAUGCUUCGUCCAUCAAUGAUCUGAGUGAGCAAUUCCGCUUCAAUGUCUCCCUGCGCGCACCGACCGCAAUGGUGAAGAACUUGAAGGAAAUCCCCAUUACCUAUCUCAACAAGAGCCAAGCAUAUAAUAUUUCUUUUCAGGACUCGAAACCGCCCGUGAUAAGCUCCGAGCCGACUCGAUACAGAACCUAUGUCUUCGUUUCUUUCGAAGAAGAAGAACAACGGGCGAAACCGUUAAUAUGCUGGCAAUUGUGGAAGGAAGGCCGAGGCAUAGACGAAGCAUACCAACGCGGUGGAAAUUUGUUUGCAGUCGAAUAUGUCGAUACCUUCCAAGGCAGCAAGGUCCACAAGAACCGACAGGUUCAAGUUGUAAACAUCGACCUGCACAAACGAUUGCAAUAUUCCGUGCGGUUUAACUUCCUCUCGACUAAUUUCAGCCACUCCAAGAGUGUUAAGGGAAUUCCAGUCAGGCUUUGCGCAACAACUGAGCUUUUGUCACCUGGUGAGGAGUUGGACGUAACGCGCGACAUGGAGUUGGCUUACUGCAAAGUAAAACUCUUCCGUGACCACGGCGCCGAGCGUAAGCGUUCCAAUGAUGUCGACCAUGUUAAGAAGACCAUCGAAAAGCUUAAGCAGCAGGUCUCACAGGCUGAAAUGGGUGGUGGCUUUGUCAUGCGCAAACGCGGCAAUAAUGCUUCUGCUACCACCAAGGGUAUCGAUCGUCCUUCCAAAUUGGCCAUUAUGCGAGAGAUGUUCUCCUCUAUUGGCUCCGUGAGCAUCUUCGCCUUGCGCGGCGACCAGGCCGAUGAUCCUGACUUGUAUCCGAUUUGGCUGUCAGGUGCUGGCAAGUCUGUUAAAUCCGAGAACAUGAGUAACCAAAACACGGGUGACUUGCAGUCAGCGAAGUCGAUGAUUCCUUCCCCGGCCAGCACAAAUUCCUCCAAUUCACCACCUUCCACCUCGACAAAAUCGGCAAAGUGCGCAAGCACCAUCCAGGAAAUCCCACCUGGUGAUCAAGUCUCAAAAAGUGUCCUUGAGGCCGUGGGUUUUUAG